GAGCAAAUGAAACGUAACUUCAAAAUACUGUUCUGUGCUUUUGACAUUUGUGUGACUUGUGUCAAAGUUUUAUUUGUUUUGUGUUAGCUUAGCUCUUCUCUAAACGUCAAAGCUUGAAUAAGCUCGAAAUGGCAAAACAAAAAGGCGAGAAAAAAGGCAAAUCCGCUAUUAAUGAAGUAGUCACUAGAGAAUAUACAGUAAAUCUUCAUAAAAGAUUACAUGGUAUUGGAUUUAAAAAGCGUGCACCUCGUGCAAUUAAAGCAAUUCGCCAAUUUGCUGAAAAACAAAUGUGCACACCCGAUGUACGAAUUGAUACAAGACUUAACAAACAAUUGUGGUCCAAAGGAAUAAGAAAUGUUCCUUUCCGUAUUAGAGUUCGUCUUUCAAGAAGGAGGAAUGACGAUGAAGAUUCUGCCAAUAAAUUGUACACACUCGUCACAUACGUUCCUGUAGCUACAUUCAAGGGAUUACAAACUGAAAAUGUUGAUGUCAGUCAAGAUAAUUAAAAACUUGGUUUUUUAACAUAGUUUUCAUUUUUCCUUGAAUACAUUUGUGUCCAUGAAUAUGUAGCUCCAACUUUCUAUUUCUAAGUUUAUCUUUAAAAAACAUGAAUAAAGGUUAUGUAGUAAGA